AUGGCUUCUCUCGCCAGGAACGCCGAAGCCUCCCUCUCAAAACUCCUGUCAAGGCCUUGGAACAGAGCUUCUUCUCAGCAGCAGCAGCAGCCGGCCAACGUGUCUGCAACCUUGACGAAGAAGAAGCCCGACGAGGGUGUGACAGUCGACCUCAACUCGAUUGCUUCGCUAAACUUGGACCACGCUCACUCCCGGAGACUGGUUCGAUCCGCUUUCACUCAUCUCCAGCAGCAGCUCGAUCAUCCUCUCUACAAGUGGUAUGAGAUAAAUUAUAAGGGUCAGGAAGUGUUUUGCAAAAGCUGGAUGCCAGAAUCUGGCGUUCGAAUCAAAGGUUCUAUGUGCUUCUGCCAUGGUUAUGGUGAUACCUGCACAUUCUUCUUUGAAGGUAUUGCAAGCCAAAUCGCUUCUUCCGGGUAUGCUGUCUAUGCCGUGGACCACCCAGGUUUUGGUCUCUCUGAAGGAUUGCAUGGUUACAUUCAGAACUUUGAUGACUUGGUAGACAAUGCCUACGAAAUGUUUGCCAAGAUUGAAGGUUCUGACUUUUCCCCUCCUUCUGCAUAGUGGUGGAUCAUAACAAAUGUUUCUCGGUUAUUCCUUCUCAAUGAAGUGACUCUCAAACUCCAUCUGAAGGAUCCAAGUGAAUGGGAUGGUGUCAUCCUUGUAGCCCCCAUGUGUAGAGUAAGCUCUUUCAUUUAUCUCUAUUUUGCUGUGCUACUUCAUCUACAAACUACAAUAGGCUUCAUUAAACAGUCUGCUUCUGUUCCAAGCAACUGCAGCAGAUUAGCACUAACUAAACUUACCAUCGGUUCCUGUGACAUAUUGUAGCACAAUUAAGACCCCUGAACUUUAAGGUACACAUUUUAGUUGGAUAAAUUUGGAAUCUUUAGACCCUGCCCACAAUCGAUAAGGUUAUAUAAAGUCUUCAUUUAUUUUGCAUCAAGAAAGUUAUGUGCAUCAGUUUCAGAUCAUUCAAAGUUGUGUCCUGACUACAAGCCUUAAGCCUAUUAUGGUCUUCUGAAUCUACUGGCCAUCACAGGCAAUCCUGUUUUAGCUGUGAAUGCUCUUUAUCUUAUGUAUGAAGUGACUAAAGUCUCGCAUCAUCCUCUAAUAAUGGACGGAAUCUUAGUCUGACAGGGUAGAGAACAGCAUUUAGCUUGUCAUAUAUUUUUGCUAUGAUGUGUUUGGUCUGCAUUUUUCUUGAUGGAAAAAGUCAGAAUUCAUGAUCCUUGUUAUAAAGUUUAAAUUAAUAGCUAACCGUCAUGGUUUGCCAAGAUCUCAGAUGAAGUCAAGCCUCCUGCGCCAGUUUUGAAGGUAUUGACCUGCAUGGCUAAAUUCUUACCCAAGGCAAAGCUUAUGCCAGAGAGUGAUUUGAUUUAGCAGAGCUUGCUUUCAGGGACCCGGCGAAAAGAAAAAUGUGCGAGUACAAUGUGAUUAGUUACAGCCAUCGAAUGCGAUUGCAGACAGCCGUGGAGCUGCUCAGGGCUACUGAAGAGAUUGAGGCCCAGGUUGACCAGGUUUGGACCCUUGGUUUUGCCCUCUCUGAAACUUUUGAUAUAUGUAGUAACUAAGAUGUCCACAAGAUCAAAACCGAGCUCUGGAGUUGUUUUUUUUUUUUUGUGUGUGUGUGGUGGCUCCAUUGCUGAUUCUACAUGGUGCUGCUGAUAAAGUCACGGAUCCAACAGUGAGCCAGUUUCUGUACGAGAAUGCGUCCAGCAAGGACAAGACGUUGAAGCUCUAUGAACGUGGGUUUCACUCCAUCCUUGAAGGAGAACCCGAUGACAGGAUCUUUGCCGUCUUUGAUGAUAUCAUAACGUGGCUCGAUUCCAGGUCUUGUUCACAAACAAAAGAUUUCGUGCAUUCCUUCUUCAGGCUCCUUUCUUGUGUCUUUUUGUGGUUUAUCACUUCAUCCCCUUAUUUUUAGUGAUCUUUUAGCUGUUCAUGUGCUAAACAAUACUAAUUCUAAUAGUAAUAGCAGAAUUUCAAGGACACUACAUCUAAACCUGAACAAUAUAGAAGACUCGACAUUCAAAGUUUAGCAUACAAUAUUUUUUCGAUUUUGAUAAAUAGAAACAUCG